AUGCCUUCUGCUCUGCCUUCAGCAGAUCCCGCGAAACAAUGGUGGUCAAUUUCCAAGUCUACCAGCUCCAAGGACCUCCGUCAAAAAUAUGUGCAGGAUGGCCAGUCCCAACGACCAGCGCCCCAAGUUAAGUCUUCGGGCAAGUUCACCUCUUUUGCCUCCGCUAUUGGCCUCAAGUCGAAAAAACCACAUCCCUCUCUUGCAAUUCAAGACCCUCCUAUGACCACGAAUAAUAAUGCAAAUGUUGUAUCCUUGCCAUCACCGUCUCCUCUUUCCGAAUCUACACGACCAACCUCAACGGCCAAAUCAACCUCCUCUACCCGCUCCAGGGUCGAUUCUAUGCCCCGCACCCCCGUUGACUCUCAAAGGGACCACCGACACUCCCUACUAACUUUAUCUGACACCGACCCAUUUGCUGGCCGCCCGAUGAUUGCCGUUCCUGUACCACAUUUACCGUCGGAUCCCAAUCGCUUAUCCGCGUAUUCGAAUUCCUCUGUCACUGACCUCGUACAGAGGAAAGGAGAUCCCCCGACCUUCAACCGAGUUUCUUAUGCCUCUUCUUCCUCAAAUUCGCACAAUCAUGCUCUUGAUAUUCCCCACAUGAAUUCCCCCAUUUCUGCUAAAGAAAAGCAGGAGUUCAGGGAACUACACAACAAGUUGGUGCUUUCGUUGUCAAUGUCGGUAUCUAGAGCUAAAUGUGCCUUUUACAGACGUUCCAUCCCAAAUAUUCAAACGAAAUCAUCCAUUCAAUUGCAGACAUUGGGGUCCCUUUUGCCGUCAACGAUAUCCAGAAAUAGGUCCGGUUCUUCAGCAACGACGGGCAACGACUCUUACUUAAAAAAUUCUGUGGAUGGUCUGACAGGACCGAAACGACGUGCGAGGGGGAUGACCGACACCGCUGCAUCACAUCAGGCAGGUUUCUUUGUUGAAGAGCAUUCUGGGGCACGUAAAAUGAUCCAAAAAUCACCGACAUCGAACAAUGGCCCAUUUUCAUUAGAAUCAUCUGGCGUCCAUGAGCGACCGGUCUCCCCGAGGGUUGUAAUACGACAGCCAUCGUCGUCGCGCCUGUAUCACCCUCCCAGUGCCCCUCCCACCCAUCGUCUCCCUCCACCACCUCGGCCUCAAAGUAAAGAUUCAACAACUAGACCUUCUAGUCCACAUAGUCAGAUGGAAUCACCUAUUUCGUCGUCCAUGUCAUUUUCUUCUGCCAUAUCAUUAACAAACGACAUGUUUGCCAACCCUCCAUUUGCAUACCCGGACGAAGACAAAAGGGUUUCUGGUCGCAGCAUUUUCUCCCAAAUGACUUAUGACGAACUAGAGAUUAGCAUGUUUGAGAACGAACCCCGAACUGCACCAAAUUCGCCUCGGACUUUGAAGAAGGCUUUGUCACAGCAAUCGCUAUCCCGUCGUAUCCACACGUCUGCGCCUCCAACGCCUAAGACGCCACCAGAAUCUCACACUGAGAAGGAAAAAGGGACGCGAAAGCAGCGUACUUUUCAACAUCCUCGUUUACCUGUUCCUCCUAUUCCCCUACCUUCACUGGCGUCAACUUCAAAGUCUACCCCUAUGCCUUUCCCUUCAUCCUCUGAUUCCGUGACAUCGCCAACCCUGGAGCGAAGAAGGACGAGCACUGCCAGUUCGACGGGUAGAAAGAGAUUAUUCUCUCAUUCCAGUCAAAAUCGUCCGUCAACGGCUCAGGCAUCAUCAACCGCGGAUGACGAUUCAUUUUCUCUUUUCAGCACGCGUUCUGAUGCAGACUCACACAGCGGUCCUCACAAACUAUGGAAAACCUCGGCGAAGUCAAUACCGACUUCAUCCUUUUGGGAAGAAGGUUCUUCGGAAAAUAUGUCAAGUAGCCCUGCUCGUCCAAUUGAGUAUACACCACAGGCCAUUAUGUCGAAGGCGGAUUUGGCUAAAUUUGAGGCAAGCGUAGAGAGCUCCCCACUUAAGCCUGCCAGGCCUCGAGGGUUUUCAGUGUUGUCUUCCACGACAAAUGCUUCAGAUUUGGACAACGAUUCUGAAGUCAUACCCAUAGGUUUAUCACCACCACCACCACCUUCUAGGUCAAAUUAUGCAGCAAAAGCGAGUGGUGCAUCUGCCAAGAAAAUCCCCGCAUCCCCUCCUAUACCUCAACCAUUUGACUUUUCUGUGAUUCCUGAUGACAAUUUUGCUCAGGCGCCAUCUUCAGCCGUCAGUCAGGUGACUGUUAUUCGCCCGAGAUCUCCUGCGCUCAUCAGUCUACCGCCUCCACCCCGACGCCCACGCCCUACAUUAAUAACUCAGCCUGAGGUUUUGGAAGCAUCUCGUAUGCGAGGACCCCUCAGUGCAAAAAAUAUGAAAGCAGGUUCUGCACGAACCUCUACGGUAGAAAAGGCUAUGCAUCGUCGAUCCAUUAUGCGGAAAGCGUCUUUUCUUGACAUUGAUGAUGAUACGGAUCAAGAAACCGAGCCUGAACACGUAGAUGAGCAGAUAAAUUCAAGUUUCUUGGAUCUUGCGAGGGAAUCCUUUGAUUCUACGCGGACCGAUUCUUGA